AACCAGUGGUAAUUGCUGGAGUAGUGUUACAGACGUUUACUGGUCUUCAGAUGUGCAUAUCUUACAACUGAGCGAUUGUUAUUGUGGAAGCUGGAGUGACUGUAUCUUUAAAUUGCGGGAAACUGUCAUAGGUUUUAACCAGCUACUUCCUAGUUUGUUUCAGUUCAAGUGAAGAAGGCGGGGACUAAGAAUGGUUCAUGUGAAGUCUGUUUGUUUCAUAGCGGUAGGAAUUGUUUUGGUGUCGUAUAUUUCCAUUUUAGAGGCAAAUGAACCUGUCAGGAAGCCACCUCACGUUGUGUUUAUUUUGGCUGACGAUUACGGCUGGAACGAUGUGGGCUAUCACGGAUCUGAAAUCAAAACCCCGAACCUUGACAAACUUUCCUCUCAGGGAGUCAGAUUGGAGAAUUAUUACGUCCAGCCACUAUGUACACCGUCCAGAAACCAACUCAUGACCGGCAGAUACCAGAUCCACACAGGCAUGCAACAUCAGAUUAUCUGGCCGUGUCAGCCUUACUGCGUGCCCUUGCAAGAGAAACUGCUGCCCCAGCUGAUGAGAGAAGCAGGCUAUGCCACACACAUGGUGGGCAAGUGGCACUUGGGCAUGUAUAAGAAAGACUGCCUGCCAACCCGGAGGGGAUUUGACUCCUAUUUCGGCUACCUCACGGGAAGUGAAGACUACUUCAGUCAUGUACGCUGCUGCUUUGUCCCCCCGGCAAACCAGUCCCACUGUGCUCUGGACCUCCGAGAUGGAGAGGAGGUAGCUACUGGGUUUUCUGGGCAAUAUUCCACCCACCUGUUCACGGAGAGAGCCACCCGCAUCAUCGCAAAACACGAUCCACAAAAGCCCCUGUUCCUGUACGUGGCCCUGCAGGCUGUCCACGCUCCCCUGCAGGUACCGCAGCAUUAUGUGGAGCCCUACGGGUUCAUCAGCGACGCCCAUCGCAGGCAGUACGCGGGCAUGGUGUCGGCGAUGGACGAGGCGGUGGGCAACAUCACCCGGGCGCUGCAGGACAGCGGGAUGUGGGGCAACACCGUGCUGGUCUUCUCCACAGACAAUGGAGGGCAGACGCUGAGCGGGGGCAACAACUGGCCACUGCGGGGCAGGAAGUGGUCCCUGUGGGAAGGAGGGGUGCGAGGCGUAGGUUUCGUGGCCAGCCCCCUGCUGGCUCUUCCUGGCACUGUAAACCGAGAACUCAUCCACAUCUCGGACUGGCUCCCCACUUUGGUGGGUUUGGCUGGGGGAGUCAUCAAUGGCACCCAGCCCCUGGAUGGCUUUGACGUAUGGAAAACUAUCAGCAAAGGGACCGCCUCUCCGAGAGUGGAACUGCUGCAUAAUAUCGACCCGCUCUACGAUGACAUCGCACCCUGCCCUGGCAGCGAGUCCAGGUUGACUUUGGCUCCGACGCCCAGCCCAGGCCCGUGGUCUAACUCCGGCUUCAAUGUGUCUGUUCACGCUGCCAUCCGCUACAAGAGCUGGAAACUGCUGACUGGAUACCCAGGAUGUGACCACUGGUUCCCUCCACCACCGCUGUCCAACACCUCAGACACCAGCAGGCCAGCACCUCCUCUGAAGUCUGUUAUGCUCUUCAAUGUGGAGUCAGACCCUGAGGAGAAGCACGAAGUGUCUGAGAAGCACCCGGAGGUGGUGAGCUUCCUCCUCACCAGACUGGAGCACUACCAGAAGACCUCCAAACCCGUCGUGUUCCCCGACGACGACCCCAGGUGUGACCCGGGGCCCACAGGGGCCUGGGGACCCUGGGAGUAGAGGCCGGAAGGCGAAGCCUCAGCAGCCAUUGAGGAGACUCCACCACACACCCUUGGCUGCGUCUCAUAGCCCUGAGCUGGAGAAAUCACUCAAGUGAUUGUAGGAUUGUAGGAUGUCUGAAUUUACGACUGUGAUAGCGCACUGGCUGAUGUCCCUCUGAUAUGAAAGGCUUAAGAAAGACACAAGACUAAAUGUGCUGGAAAAUGUUUUUAAGAGCUGGCUGUCAAGAAAAUUGAGUCACCCUGAAGGCACUCUUCUGUCUGAAUGUGACACAGACUGCCACAAAGGAUUUGAGACCAGUCCAGACAUGAUUUUUAACAUAAAAUCUUUACAUAAAAUAAGUUUUAUA